AAUCGCAACAGCUUCGAAUCAUCAAAUUUGACGUACCGUCCUCAAAGGCAAAUGGCAGCGCUGCGACGCUGCACUGCAACUACGACCUGGACGAGGGCGAGGAGUUGUACUCGGUAAAACUGUACCACGAGAACGAGGAAUUCUACCGGUACCUUCCCAAGGAAAGUCCACCCGCGCAGUGGUACAACUCGCCGGGCAUCUACGUCGAGAACUCCGACGGCCUGUACGCCUGUGAGGCGCCCUUCGACUUUCUGACGACCUUCAAGGCAGUGCCCGACGGCGACGGCCUGCUGCGCUCAAAGCUAGGCCUCAACUUUCGCGCCACCCGGGACUAUUUUCGCGCGGACCAUUUGCGACUGCGCUGUGCCGCCACCCUGACGCUGCUUUACGAGCUGAAGGCAGUGGAGUACCUGAUUGAUGGCACGAAGAAGCACCGGACCAAUGCAAAGCGCUUCACCAACGACCUGGCGCAGAUCAACAGCAAGGACGUGCCGGUGAUCAGCGGCAUCCGCGACAAGUACAACGUCAAUGAGACGAUCAACCUGAACUGCAGCACGACGGCCAGUCGCGCCGAGCUCGCCUGGUACAUCAACGGACACAGGGUAAACAGCAGCUACCUGCGCACCUACUCCAGAGGCGUCAGUGGUGAAAAUAGCAAUGGAAAGUUUGCUAAUGAUCAACGGCCUUCGCUGACAGUGCUGGGCGUCCGUCUGCAGAUGGAGAAACGUUUCUUUCAGACGGAGGAGAUUGAGCUGAAUUAA